AUGGAACGUGUCGACAUCAAGUUUUCGGAAUUGGCAAGUUCUGAAGACACAUCCAAAGGUCUCGACAAAGGGCAGAUUGACCUUAUCGUUAAUCUGCUCAUCAGACUGAGUGCUCAGGUUCCUGAUCAGUCGCUGAUCGCUACCAGCGGCCUCGCUGCGAUCAGUGCGUCUAACAUCGAGAUUCUCGGCAAGAGGUGUAUGUAUUUAGCAAAAGUGUGCCUAAAGCCGGAUAUUUGGGGCUUGGUUGCGGAACUCAAAGUGCAGUCAUGGUUGGAGAAAUCACUUCUGUCUGUGGUUGUUAGAUGUAUUUAUAAUUUUAUAACGAAAACGCAUGCGAUAUGCGCCAAUGCCGACAGUCCUGAAGUCGGCCGUUUUGAAGACCUGACAAUUUUGUGUGAUGCCAUGUAUCGCAUGCUGAACGAGGCCUUUAUCAAUUAUGAAAAGUGGGUUUUGAUUCAUUGCUGA